AGGAGCACUGUCACUCAGGAGGAAGAGCUGACAAGACUACAACUCCCACAAGUCAGCAGUGAUUAACCUGCCGCCGACCAUAGAGGAGUGCAGCACACCGCCGAACACAUUGACCCCUGGAACACAUGAUGAGCGUUUGGGUCCGCGCCGGACUGGUGGGCUCCAUCAUUUCCUGUCUACACAAGAAGAGAGCGGCACUUGCUGAAGUAAAAAGAGAUACUGGGCGGCCGUGCACGGAGGAUCGGGACUAUGAGCUGAAGCUGGUGCAGGUUGUCUUUCGCCAUGGAGCCCGGACCCCCCUGAAGCCAAUCCCACACAAUGAGCAGGUGGAGUGGACACCAACUCUCCUGGAGGCUCCUGAACACACACAGUGUAAUUAUAGGGUCACAGAUUUGGAGGGUGGGCCCCAACCCCCCUCCCCGUUUGAGGAGCGAUACAGAUCUAACAAACUGAAGGGGGGCGCCUUCCCCGGCCAGCUCACCACUAUUGGGAUGGAGCAGAUGUUCUCCCUCGGAGCCAGGCUGCGGAGGCUUUAUAUGGAGGAGCGGAGAUUUCUCUCCCCGGUAUUCAAUCCAUCUGAGGUCUACGUCCGCUCCACUAACAUAGUCCGUAAUGUAGAGUCAUCGCGGUGUUUACUGGCCGGACUUUUCCAACAGAAGCAAGACGGACCGGUCACUAUAGUCACAACCGAGGCUAACGAUGAAAUCCUGUAUCCUAAUUAUCAAGGCUGCAAGGAGCUGAAAGUUCUGACCAGUGGUCGCAUGCCCCUCGCCUCUUCUCAGCCCGGGAUGACGGACGUACUGAAGAAACUUAAUCAAGACCUGAAUAUCAACACCACCAAGCAAGUGGACUUCUUCCUGCUGCUGGACAACCUGCUCGCCGAACAGGUGCACGGGUUCCCCUUCUCCAUCCAGUAUGAAAGCCACCUACAGCAGUCGGAGCAGAGAGUCAUCGACAUCGUGUCUUACAUAAUGGGACCCAACAGGGAAGUUCUGAAGCUGUGCGUGGGGCCCUUACUUCACACCCUGCAGGGUAACAUGCUGGAGACGACGAGGCGCUCCGCUAAUGACACACAGCCCAGGUAUUACAGCUCACGGGGCGGUCAUGUACAUGGCAGACUAGAUGAUGAUGAGAUUAGGACUCUGUGGGGGCCAUAUCUUCUCUUCCAGUAUUCCUUGUUCUUCUUUACGCUGAAGAGAGUUCUUAUUGACAUUGGCUGGAUGUUUGGGGUUAUUGUCCUGUUGCAGAAUACAUUUGGAGUCAAUCGGACGCCUCCCUGA